AAUGAAUACAUUACGCAGAACAUAAGCGAGAGGGAUAUAAUAUCUGAAAACGGUAUCGCUGUGGAUGCCACUGCUGUAAAUGCGGAUUGUUUACAGCAGCCCUCGCAUCCUUUCCUCCCUCCCCUUUUCCUCUUUCCCGGAGCGCCGGAGCGCUGGUGGCGAGGCAGCGGCUAAAGCAGCCGCCGCUGACCGAAGAUAGCGCCUGCAGAGCCGGCCACGGCCGACACAUCACCCCGGGCCCCUGGAGGGUGCGAUCCGGAGCAAAGCAGGAAGCAAGCUUUUGAUGCCACAUCAUUGUGCAGCAUCGUUCUUCCGUGAAGAAAAGCGCACAGCCACUUCUGGAUUUUAUUAAUCUUCACCUCCAGGUCUUUUCAGGAGUUUGGAUGUGCAGUUUCACAUGAUAUGGCUGUUCUUAAACUAGUCGACCAGCCACCCCUCGUCCAAGCCAUCUUUAAUGGAGACCCCGAUGAGAUUCGUGUGCUCAUAUGUAAAUCAGAAGACGUCAAUGCACUGGAUGCUGAGAAGCGAGCUCCUCUUCAUGCAGCAGCCUUCCUCGGAGAUGCUGAGAUCACAGAGCUCCUCAUUGUGUCAGGGGCGCGGGUCAAUGCCAAAGACAACAUGUGGUUGACUCCACUCCACAGGGCAGUGGCAUCACGUAGCGAGGAGGCCGUUCGCGUGUUGAUCCGUCAUUCUGCUGACGUUAACGCACGGGAUAAGAACUGGCAGACUCCGUUGCAUGUUGCUGCCGCCAACAAGGCCCUGCGCUGCGCAGAGGUCAUCAUCCCGCUCCUGAGCAGCGUCAAUGUUUCAGAUCGCGGGGGACGCACCGCCCUGCACCACGCUGCCCUUAAUGGGCACACAGAGAUGGUUAGCCUUCUUCUGGCCAAGGGUGCCAAUAUCAAUGCCUUUGACAAGAAAGACUGCCGUGCACUGCACUGGGCGGCAUAUAUGGGUCACUUAGAUGUAGUGUGUUUACUGGUGAGUCAAGGGGCUGAGAUCAGCUCCAAGGACAAAAGAGGAUACACACCUCUACAUGCUGCUGCUUCCAACGGUCAGAUUGCUGUGGUGAAACACUUGCUCAGUCUGGCUGUAGAGAUAGAUGAAGCCAAUGCCUUUGGGAACACCGCGCUGCAUGUGGCCUGCUUUAAUGGACAAGAUGCAGUAGUCAGUGAGCUGAUCGAUUACGGUGCUAAUGUCAGUCAGCCGAAUAACAAGGGCUUCACACCUCUGCACUUCGCUGCAGCUUCCACUCACGGUGCCCUGUGUCUGGAGUUCCUGGUCAACAGCGGAGCUGAUGUCAAUGUCCAAAGUCGCGAUGGGAAAAGCCCUCUUCAUCUGACAGCAGUUCAUGGACGAUUCACACGCUCUCAGACGCUCAUCCAAAACGGUGGAGAGAUUGACUGUGUUGAUAAGGAUGGAAACACUCCCCUUCAUGUUGCUGCUCGAUACGGACAUGAACUUUUAAUAAACACUCUAAUCACAAGCGGAGCUGACUGCACCAGAAGAGGAAUACAUGGCAUGUUUCCUUUACAUCUGGCCGCUCUGAAUGCUCAUGCCGACUGCUGCCGAAAGCUUCUUUCCUCAGGACGGAGGUAUAGCAUAAUGUGCCCUCUCAGUAAUGACUCGGUCCUGUCUGCAGGCUUCCAAAUCGAUACUCCAGACAACCUGGGGAGGACGUGUCUGCAUGCCGCAGCUGCAGGCGGUAAUGUGGAGUGUGUGAAGCUAUUACUCAGCAGUGGAGCUGAUCAUAACCGCAGAGACAAACAUGGAAGGACCCCUCUCCACUAUGCGGCAGCUAGUCGACACUUUCAGUGCCUGGAGACUUUGGUGUCCUGCGGUACCUGCAUUAAUGCCACUGACCAGUGGGGGCGCUCUGCUGUGCACUACGCUGCUGCUUCUGACCUGGACAGGAGGCGGCGUGUGGUCCUGGAACCAGAGAGUGACGGAGUUCAAGCUGAGAGGGAGAAGGAGGCAGCUCUGUGUCUUGAGUUCCUGUUGCAGAAUGGUGCUGGCCCAUCACUCAAAGAUAAACAAGGCUACAGUGCUGUUCAUUAUGCUGCAGCUUACGGCCACAGACACUGUCUGAAACUGCUUUUGGACAGAGAUGAGAGCCAACAAGAUGAGAUGGAGAACAGCCAAACCAGAAGCCCACUGCAUCUAGCCGCAUACCAUGGUCACGCACAAGCUCUAGAAGUGCUCUUGGAGGGUCACUGUGAGGUGGAUCAGGGUGAUGAGGUGGGUCGGACUCCACUGGCACUCGCCUCCCUCAGGGGCCACACUGACUGCUCUCUCACGCUUCUGAAUCACGGGGCCUCGCCAAGAAGCAAAGAUACUAUUCGAGGACGAACACCAAUCCACCUCGCAGUAAUGAAUGGUCAUACAUCUUGUGUGCGCCUCCUGCUGGAAGACUCUGAUAAUGCAGAUCUGGUAGAUACAGCGGACUCUCAGGGACAGACCCCUCUAAUGCUGGCAGUAAUUGGGGGUCAUGUGGAUGCUGUGUCUCUUCUAUUGGAGCGCGAGGCCAGUGUGGACUUGGCUGAUCAUCAGGGUCUGACCGGUCUGCACCUGGGGCUCUUGUGUGGACAGGAGGAAUGUGUUCAGUCACUGUUGGAGCUGGAGGCAUCCGUGCUGCUGGGGGACUCCAGGGGUCGGACAGCAAUCCACUUGGCUGCAGCGAGAGGUCACGCUUCCUGGUUGAGCGAAUUACUCAAUAUUGCAUGUUCUGAACCCCCGAUACCUCCAUUACGAGACAACCAUGGAUACACACCCUUACACUGGGCCUGUUACUACGGUCACGAUGGUUGUGUCGAGGUCUUACUCGAACAAAGAGAUUUCCAUCACUUCGAUGGGAACCCCUUCACCCCGCUGCAUUGUGCUGUGGUCAAUGACCAUGAGACCUGUGCCAAUAUUUUAUUAGAAGCCAUGGGAACAAAGAUCGUAACUUGCAAAGACUCCAAGGGCAGGACACCUCUCCAUGCAGCUGCAUUUGCUGGCCACAUAGACUGUGUUCAGCUGCUUCUGGCCCAUAAUGCAUCUGUGGAUGACAUUGACCAAUCAGGGUGCAGUGCCCUGAUUAUGGCAGCGGAGAAAGGAAGAGUCGAAGUUGUAGAGGCUCUACUUACUAGUGCCAAUGUGAACCUCAGUCUGACUGACCAGAAGGGCAAUACAGCGCUCCAUCUAGCCUGCAGUAACGGAAUGGAGGAAUGUGCAUUGCUCAUUCUUGGAAAACUUCCAGACUCUGCCCUCGUCGCUACAAACACUGCACUGCAAACACCUCUUCAUUUGGCUGCUCGCAGCGGGAUGAAGCAGACAGUGCAAGAGCUGCUCUCUCGUGGGGCCAGUGUUCAAGUGCUAGAUGAGAAUGGUCUCACCCCUGCUCUGGCUUGCGCUCCCAGCAGGGAAGUGGCUGACUGCCUGGCUCUCAUUCUGGCUACCAUGAUGCCUUUCUGCUCCCCUUGCAGCUCUGGAGCUCCUUCGCCAGGCUCCCUGCUGAAAUCUUUGCCCCGCCAGGCCAAGAGCCCCCAAGGCCCCCGCAGUCCAAGGGACCCCUCCGGCCCCUCCAGUGAGGGCACGACCACCGAAAACGACUCAGACUCAGAGACAUUUUGACCCCGGCUCCUUUUAAAUGCGCCGGUCGUAGUUUUGAACCUUACAGAAGUUGUACAGAUUUUUGAUUAUGGAGCUCAGCCUCUAUAACAAGAGAUUAUGACAUAUAGCACACACGGUACGCUUUUGUUCUGACACAUUUGUUUGCACAGGAGAUUUUUUCGAAAGCCAUUUUAAUCACUUUAACACAGGUUGAUUGAUGUUGGAUUGCCAAAUGUCGACUGACUUCUCACACUUGAACGAUGAUGAUGUAAUGUGCGGAGUGGUGUGUCUUGAUCUGUGGAUUUUUGAAAGCACAAACCCUGUGGAAGAACAAGGUGAAGUCACCCUCAUUUCACCCAUGUUGUCACUGUGGGACCAAUCAGGAAACAAGAAAUCACAUUUUUGGAACAACAGGGGGAAUUGGUGUCACUGUUACCAACCUCACUUAAUAUUUAUUUGUAAGAAAGGUUGGAAUACACCACACAACUUUUCCACAGAUUUUUGCCCUGAUUUUUGCAUCGCAGAUUUGACAUCUCGCACGUUUCCGUGUAAUUUUGUUGUGUUCGAACGACUUGAAAUUCUAAUGGUGUGUGAUUAUCAGCCAUUUAAAAAUGUUUUGAGAUUGGAAAAGUUGCGUAGUGUAUUUCAGUUUUAAGACUAGUUAGACUUAAUGUGAAAUGAUGAAAAAUGCAACACAAGUUCUGCAUUUCCGAAGUCGUACUUUACACAUUAUAUCUGACAUGUGAAUAGAAGGCUCUUAAGAUUCAUAUUGCAAAAAGAGCACUUUUAUUCCAUUGAGAAAACUAAAUUUCUAGGCCUUGAUGGUCUAAACUUGCGUUUGACGCUUUUGGAGAGUGACACUUUGCCACUCGGUUCCUUCUCAGACAUAGAGACAGUGUUCAAAUAAUACUUCUAUUCAGGUUGAAUUUUAAAUUCUAGUGAGAGAGCGUAGCAUGUCAUGUCAACCAGGAUGUUUUCAAGCCUGUACCGAUAUUUAUUAACAUUUAGAUAACAAUGGUACUACAGUUGUAUGCACUUACGUAUAGGAGUAAAUGGGUGUCUGAAGGAAUAGUUCACCUGUAGAUUAUAAUUCUGCCAUUGUUUACUCGUGUCAUUGUUUUUUGUGGAACACAAAAGUAAAAUUAUUGGAGAAUCUUAAUGUGGCUCUUUCCACACACCGAUGCUAUCGUCUGCCAAGCUCCAAAAAUGACAAAUAAAUACCUCCAAAAGAGCUACGUACUGUAUUCUUCUGCAGUCAUAGAAAGCUUUGUGUGAGAAAGAGGCCAAAUGUAAGGCUGUAAUCCACUGAUUAUAUUUCCCCUCCGUGAGCUGUUAGUGAAAUGAACAGAAUUGUGAACAAAUCAACCAAUUUAUCAAAAAGAACCAAUUCAAAAGAAUGAUUUGUUCAGUAAUUGGACUGGUCCCAGCAUGUAACAGCUCACCGAAGAUAAGUUUAUCAGUGAAUAAUAACUUAAAUUUUAGCCUGUUCCUCACAUAAAACUAUUAUAUUGCAUCAACAGACUUUUUCUUUUGUGUCCCAUGAACAGAAGCGGAAAGAGCAGCGGUUUGAAGUAAUAUGAGAGCAAGUAAACAAUGACAGAUUUGUGAAUUUGAGGUAAACUGUUUGUUUAAAAAUGGAUCUAGGACUAUAAUUAAUAAUAAAUAUCACAGUCUUCUUCAUUCUUUCCUUCUGAAAUAAUUUUCACUUGCACUGGUUGAAUAUCAAUCCUUUUUGAACACAGAUUUCUAAAUAUGCUUUGGGGGAGUGUUUGCAAGUCUGUUUCUUUGCUUUUGAUUUUAAUUAUUUGAUUCUUGCUUCAAAGGACUGAGAGCUUUCAGCGAAGACGGUGUUUUAAUAUCUCGCCAGUGAGAAACUUUCCAAAACAAAUUUAAAAUGAAAAUGUAAACCACCAUUUGUCUGUUUGCCUUUGUCCACAAUGUGCCAGUUUCUCCACCGUGUCCAGUGCCUUGUUCUGCAUUUUCAGAGUUUGUUAGAUCACGUCAGUAUUUGUUUGUAUGUAUGUAGUGAAGCGUAAUGGAAGUCUGAAAAUGUGAAGAUAAGUCUGGGUCACACCUGCCAAUCGUAAGCCGAUGUUUUUUUGUUUUUUUUACCAAGUCCUGAUGUUUGUGCCUACGAGUGUGUGAUUUACAAUAGAAAACAGUCUUUGUACAUAUCAGCUCAUGGACAUUAUCAUCACCAGAGCAAAACUUGCACACAACUGUCUUAUAAAGGAAGCACAUGGUUGAAUUCUUUUCAUAAAUGAGAUGGAUUGUGAGUGAAAGGAUGCAGAAGAAUGAGUCAAACAGUAUUAUAACAGAAAAAAAAGCUUUGAAAUGUGUGACAAUCUAGAUUACGGUUUCCUCCAUUCCAAUGUUGAAGGUUCUUUGUCGGCUCAAGUUUCUUUUAUAAAAUUGUACGACUAUUAUAUAAAAUGUUUUAACAA